CCAAAGACGUCUUGGGGUUCCGAGCUACCCAGAUGAACGAACUUGACCAAGCCAAGGCGUGUUUCAAUUUUACUGUUGGAAGUCCGGAGAGAAUGGAACUCUAUUCACCCCACUACCCCAAAAAAUACCCAAACAACACCGACUGUAUCAAAAAAAUAGAAGCGCCAUACGGAUAUUACGUAGAACUAGACUUUCGAGAUGACUUUCAUCUGGAAGAAGCCAGCAACUGUGAAUACGAUUAUUUAGAAAUACUAGAUGGUCCGUACGGAUAUUCCAAUCUUCUUGGACGCUAUUGUGGCGCCACCUUUCCACCACUCACCCAAUCUUCUGGUCGUUAUCUUUGGUUGAAAUUCCAUUCCGAUGACAGUAUAGAAUACGUAGGGUUCAGAGCUGUGUUCAAGUUUUUUCCAAUUGAAG